UUUAUGUUUUCUUCUAAAAUUUUUCUAGUUUUAGCUAAUAUUUUAGGUCCUUGAUCCAUUUUGAGUUAAUUAUUGCAUUUCACGUAAGUUAAGGGUUCAGUUUCAUUCCUUUGUUUUUAAAUAUCCAGUUUUCACAGCACAUUUUUUUGAACAGGUUGUCUUUCCCCAUUGAAUGCUCUUGGCUCCCACAUCAAAAGUCAUUUGAAAACACACACAAAUGUUUCUUUCCAGGAUCUGUAUUUUAUUCCAUUAGUCUGUAUGCCUGUCUUUAUGCCAAUACCACACUGUUUUAAUUAACAUAUCUUCAUAGUAGUUUUAGAAUCAGGAAGUAUGAGAUUUCUAAUUCUGUUCUUCUUUUUCAAGAUUGUUUUGGCUAUUGGGUGUCCCUUGAGAUUCCAAAUGAAUUUUUGGAUGGAUUUGUCUAUUUCUGAAAAACACACUUUCGGGAUUUAAUAGGAAUUGCAUUGAGUCUAUUGAUCACUUUAGAAUCUACAGUGCAAAUAAAAAGAAUCUUCUAAAUAAUCAGAAGACUCCAUGAAGAAAAUGGACAGAUAGCCAUAUGAAGGAAAGUAUAUCUUCAAGUUAUAAUGCAGCUUUUUGUCCUCCACCGUCAGAGUGGAUGAAAGAAGAAUUCUAGGGCCCCUGUGAAUGACGUAAAAAGUCUUCCUUCAGAUUGUGAACAAGCCACCACAAGAUAAACUGCUUCUAGCAUAUGAAGUCAGCAUCUGUAAAGACUAGAUGGAACCGAAGAACAAUGUGACUUACUUUGUCCUCUUGGGCCUCACACAGAAUCCAAAGGAGCAGAAAGUCCUUUUUGUUAUGUUCUUGCUUUUCUACAUUUUGACCAUGGUGGGUAACAUGCUCAUUGUCGUGACUGUAAUUGCCAGUAAGACACUGAACUCACCGAUGUACUUUUUUCUUGCUAGCUUAUCAUUUAUGGAUGCCACUUUUUCCUCUGUCAUUACCCCAAGGUUGAUUUCAGACUUGUUCUUUGGGACAAAUACUAUAUCUUUCCAAUCUUGUAUGACUCAACUCUUUACAGAGCACUUUUUUGGUGGGUCAGAGAUCUUUCUUCUGUUGGUGAUGGCCUAUGACCGCUAUGUGGCCAUCUGUAAGCCCUUGCAUUAUUUGGUUAUCAUGAGGCAUUGGGUGUGUGUUGUGCUACUGGUAGUGUCCUGGGGUGGAGGUCUUCUGCACUCGGCAAUUCAACUUAGUACUAUUUAUGGGCUCCCAUUCUGUGGCCCUAAUGUCAUUGAUCACUUUAUCUGUGACAUGUACCCCUUAUUGAAGCUCAUCUGUACUGACACAUAUGUCAUUGGCCUCUUAGUGGUGGCCAAUGGAGGACUGAUCUGCACUGUUGUGUUUCUGCUCUUGCUCAUCUCUUAUGGUGUCAUCUUGCGCUCUCUAAAGAACCUUAGUCAGGAAGGGAGGCGGAAAGCCCUCCAGACCUGUGGUUCCCACAUCACUGUGGUUGUCUUCUUCUUUGUUCCCUGUAUUUUCAUGUAUGCAAGACCUGCAGAGACCUUCCCCUUUGACAAGUUACUGAGUGUGUUUUAUACAAUCAUAACUCCCAUGCUCAAUCCACUAAUCUACACUCUGAGAAAUUCAGAGAUGACAAGUACUAUGAAGAAGCUCUGGAGAAGAAGUUAUACCUGAUAAUAAAUAAGUUUACCAUUUACCAUGAGGAGUUAUUUAACAUUGAGAACAGUCUCCUUGGUAUGCAGGAAUUUUCUUAAAUCUGAUGCAAACUUUUUUUUUCUCCACAGGGUUUAUGGUAAUUAUAAUUAAAGAAUGAACUAUAAUUAUGUAAAUAAUAUGUAUAUAAUUAAUAUAUGUAUACAGGAAUGUGCUUUAAUUAGAAUUAAAAAUGAACUAUAUGUUUGUGCUAUUAGUAAGGGUGUCCUUGAUAGAAUGUAAGCUCUAUAAUGCCUUGCUUAUCCCUGUAGCUAGAAAUCUGAAAUGCAUGCAAAGUGAGAAGUCAACAAAUAAUAUGUCAUGAAUUAGUCAAUGAAAUAUCUAGAGUAAUGCUAAUUAGUAAUUAAUUUCUGUAUUUAUUUUUAUUUUUCUCAUUCUCAGUUUUAUUUUAA